CCAGAACACCGCACUUCAGUGAUCAAAACCUCCCCUCCUGGCUCCAUAAUCCAGCACGGAAAGAAGGAAAAAAAAAUCCCGCGCCGCGCGGCCGCUAGGGUUUCCGGCGAGGAGGUCGAGGGGGGCGGGCGCGGCCAUGGCGCGCGGCGGGAGCGGAGGCGGGAGGUGGAGGAGACUGAAUGUGAGGCCCGACCUGGCGAGCGACCAGGAGGGCACGCGGACGCUCAACCUCACGGUGCUGCGUCGCCUCGACCCCGCCGUCGCCGACAUCCUCAUCAUCGCCGCGCACGUCGUCCUCUACAGCUUCGACGACAACAUCCACCAAUGGAGCCGGAGGCCUGUGGAGGGGUCGCUCUUCGUCGUCAAGAGGAACACCCAACCCAGAUUCCAGUUUAUUGUCAUGAAUCGUAAAAAUACAGAAAAUCUGACCGAAGAUCUCUUGGGGGGUUUUGAAUAUCAAGUACAAGUCCCUUACAUCAUGUACCACAAUGCUGCAGACGAAAUCACAGGAAUUUGGUUCUAUGAUCCUCAGGAAUGUGAACAAGUUGGAUAUCUUUUCAGUAGGAUACAGAAGGCAUUUUCCAGGGUGUCCCCAAAGGCCAAGGUUUCUGUAACUGAAAGUGAGUAUGAAAAGCCGGAAGUAGUGCCUGCUGUUCCUUCGAAUGAGGAUACUCUAAAACAGCCAACGUCAUCUAUCAUGUUGCUGGAUAAUGCGAAGUAUGAUUUCUUGUCGGCUUUGCUAAAGGGUGCUGCAUGUGUUGGUGCUACCAUGGACGAAGCAAGUGCAGUACAGUCAAACAAAUCUGUUGGGAUGGUUCAUUCAUCUACUCAUGCGUCACCUCAUGCUAUUCCACCACAAUCUCCUGCAAUACAGUCAAAUAAAUCUUUCGGGAUGGUUCAUUCAUCUACUCAGGCACCUCUUGCUAUUCCACCACAAUCUCCUGCAAUACGGUCAAACAAAUCUGUUGGGAUGAUUCAUUCAUCUACUCAUGCAUCACCUUUUGAUAUCCCACCACAAUCUCCUGCAGUACAGUCAAAUAAAUCUGUUGGGAUGAUUCAUUCACUUACUCAUGCAUCGCAUCUUGCUAUUCCACCACAAUCUCCUGCUUUGCAUGGUCUGCAUCCUUCUCAAAUUUCAGCAGUUCCUGUGAUGCCCCAUGAUGCUCAUAGAUCUAGUAGCACUUCUACCAUCCAGCCUACAAGUCUAGCAAAUCCGUUGUUCUUUCCUCCGAUGCCAUCUUUGCAGACAGCUUCUCAUGCUGCUUCGUCAUUGUGUUCUGCUGCUCCUCUUCAUCCUCCCAUUACCGUUCAGCAGCUUCAAAGUGCUCCCUUGCACCAGCCCUUCUCCCUACCGACUGCAUCGUCCAUUCAACCACCAUAUGGCAUGCCAUUACUGCAGCCAUUUCCACCGCCCAACCCUUCCCCAUUUCUUACCUCGGGAGUGUCUUAUGGCCGCCCAGUGAUCACAAGAGACCAACUGAAGGAUGUGCUACUGAGUCUUUGUCAGAAUGAUGAAUUCAUCGAUAUGAUAUAUCGGGAGUUCGUGAAGAGACAGUUACCUUGAGGAGACUGUCACUACCACAGGCUUUAGUUUGUGUAAUUGUGUUUUAGGUAGGCCAUUUUUUUCAAAGCCUGUAGACUAACGUACGUGCAUUUGACAUACCAAAGGUUAGCAUAGUUUAGGUCCAACUAUCGACUAGUUUUGAGCAGUAUUCUCGGAGCAGAAAAAGUCUUGCUCCAAAUACCAGAAAGGCAGAAACCUUGCAUUUCGCCUAAUACCAACUGGAAUAGUUUUUGCACGUUUUUGUAACGGCCUGUUUUUGGGCAGCUAGUACCAUUAUUUUUGGAUAUUACUCCCCCCGUUUCACAAUGUAAGACUUUCUAGCAUUGUCCAUAUAUAUAUAUAUAGAUGUUAUAUAUGUUUAGAUUCA